AUGCCUUUCAUCAAGACAAUCCGCCCCUUUAAGGCCCGCAAGGCCACCGCAGCCCAAUCCCCGAUCCCCGUCGAGACAACGACCUCGACCGCGAACGCAACCACGAGUCCCUUCUCGCCCCUCGAAGUCGAAGAACCCAAGCUCCGCAAGCGCGACCGGGUCCGCAAGACUCUGAAGAAAACCAGCAAGACUUGCCGUCUGGUUCUGCGCACAAUCAAGAAAGUGAUUCUGGUGGUUGCCACCGCUAUCGCCGGCGUUCUUGGUGCGGUAUGUGCCAUCUGCCUUGAUAUUAUUGCUAUAGCUCUCCUGUUCGCUUGGUGGAUCAUCAAGUUUGUCUGUGGAGCGCUGGUUGUGCUUGUUGCUUGUCCUUUUAUUGCGUUGCGAGUAUUUUGGGGUGGGUCUGAGUUACUGUAG